AUGUCAGUUAUUGCUCAUUCAAGUUUUGUUUCUGGAAUGCACGAACCAAACACAAGCUAUACGCGUUAUGUAGAAGGUGAAUCAGAUCAUGAUCCUACCAUUGUGCAGCACCAUGUACAUCAUCACCAAACUACAUAUUAUCAGGGACCUGUAUAUCAAGGAAAAUUUCAGGGUGAUGUCGUUCAGUCAAAAACGGAAUUGAGAGACUCCAACGUUGGAUCAAUCGGAGGUUCUCCUCAUGUUGGAAUGCCAUGGGAGGGUUAUGAUUCGGACUCGCCAGGUUCCUCAACUCGCUACUACCAGCGUUAUCAGCGAAAUAAUAGAAGACAUGGAAGAGCAGCAAGACGCGAAGGGUGUGCGCGACGCUUUUAUCGAGAAACCAGACGCUGCCAUGAACAGCAGUGUGGAAGUAGACGUGUUGAACAGACCAAUACGUGGAAUAGUGAACAAACAACACCGAAAGCCAUCUGUUCUGGAAGUGACUCAGAAACGAUUCCAAAAUCAAUAUGUGGAAGAAGCUCGUCGUCCAUGUCUUGUUCAAGUAGGAGCAAUAAAAGGCAUUCUGACCAUGAUGAUGCAUCAGUGACAGCUUUGAAAACACCUUAUGAAGGCAGCAAUUCAGGAGCAUUAUCUAGUUGGAGAAAUCGCCCUGUUUGCCGGCGAAGUGAGGUUCAUCCCUCGUUCACCAGUCCGAAAAAAAUAAAUAAUCAUGAAAACGAACAAUCGUCAACCGACACUGAAUCGAGCAAUGUUUUCCAAAUCCAUCUUGAUAGUUUUACCUUUACCGAUUCGGGAAGUGACUCUGAAAAUGCAGAAUCUACGAACAACAGAUCAAGGCGGCGGGUUCGAAGAAGAACUAACCCAAAGAAAAUUGUCAACAGCAGAUGUGGGGGACAAAGUUGCUGUUCGAAUCGUCCUUCAACACAUGUUCCGUUAAAAAAGUUCGACAUUGAAUCCCAAACAAGUCCGACACUGAAGCGGGAGAGAAUGAUACAAACUUCCGUAGAAAUUUUGUACGACACUGAAGCUCAAACAGAUAGCGCCUGCACGAGAGAUAGGAAAUCUCAGACAAGUUUAAAAACAACUGACAGUGAUACGCAAACCUGUAAAGAAGUUGUUUUAAAACGAAAAUUGUGUAAACAAGAUUCGGCACUUUCAGACAACUCAACGCAGACAUCCAUUAAAUUGAGUUUUGAGAAGGACAUUCAGACUGUACAGAAUUUGAGAUUAAGUAACCAUACCCAAACUACGAUAAAGUCUGUUUCAACAAUGGAGAUUCAAACUGAAUCGGGAUUCGCAGCAACCAAAUCAACACAGACAGAUGUAAGCACCAAACUCGGAGAUACUGAACGAAAUGUUGCUCCAUGCAUCGACAAAUCCCUUCAAGAGUCUUUUUACAUUCUAUCCCAAAACGACGAGGAAUCGACUUCGGCAAAGGAAUUCAUCAAACGAUAUAAAGAAGAAGAAAUAACUAUAUCACCAGCGAUGAAACAAAAAUUCCUUAAUAUGUUACCGCUGAUUCUCAUAGUUUGGAAAAUUAUUUGGAACAAAUUGGCGAUAUCUUCUUUUCAACGAUGCCACAAGGAUACGGAAAACGGAGCUUGGGCAAAGAUGAGUUACAUCCUGGCCUCUUUACGUUUAAAAGAUUUAGAAAGUCACAAAGGUUUGCUACCUUACGUAUCAAAAUUGAGUGAUGUCAUGAUAAUGGGAAAAGAAUUAACAAACAACAACAAAUUUUUUCACGCUACAGUUGCAUUUUACGCCGCUGCCAAACUGCAGGAAGUUAGUGGCAACGGGGACAAAGCAAUAUGUGGAAUAAGAGAAUGCGUUCAUGGCUUGAGACUAAUUUCAAAAUCAUUAAUCAGAUAUACACAAUCGAAGAAUAUUGUCCGAAAUCACUUAAUCCCGUUUAUGUAUGAUAUGAUUGAGUUUCAGAAACCAAUACCAGGUUCGACUCAUAAAGUUCGUAUCGAAAUGGAAGCGUGUUCCCUCUUCUGUACAGCCCUCGCGUAUUAUUUUUGUGGCGAUCACGAACACUAUGUCUCAGUAAACGAAAAUGCGAUUGAUUUGAUGAAACGAGAAUUUGGGGAAGAAGUUCUUGGACAUCACGUUUACGGACUUUGUUAUCUGAACGUUGGGGUCGGAUACGAGAGAAUGGAAAAGUUCAAGGAAGCAGUGGAACGAUAUAGAAAAGCGCUUGAAAUUUAUCGAACUGCCCUCGAUUGGGGGAGCAAGAAAGAGAAAGAAAAAAUUAUAGUUUUGACAACGAAUGAUCUUGAAAUUGCCAAGAAAAAAGUCGACAGAGUGGCAUGAAAGAAAUUGUCAGUACCAUACAAUGCCUAUCGCAGUAUCAAAACGAUCACAUGCCUAGAAGAACUUCAAUGUCGAUGAGAAGUUUCUAUUAAAGUGAUUUCAAGAAGAUGCAAAAUGGGACUGGGAUGGGAACUUAACUACUUUAACUAUGAAUAAGAAUAACAUAAUCUCUUUCCACGAAAUAGCAGGUGUAUUCGUUAGCUUUCGUGAGAUGAAGGUCUAACUUCUUCAGACCAAACAACUAAGACCUAACGAAGGAUAACCUCCAUGCACUUGCUAUUUUGAGGACAAAAAUUAUUUUAUUCUUAUUCAUCACUUUGAUACACUAGAUCAAGUUUCUUUGUAGCUGCGGUUACAUACGGAUCCGAAAUAGGAAGUAGACAAGGAGAAAGGACCUGCAUUUCAAUAUAUAUAUAUAUAUAUAUAAUAUCCUAUUUCUUCCUAUUACUUUUGAAAGUUAGCAAUGUGUACUUGAAUUUUGCAUUGCGUUUUUAAUAUUUAGUUUAGCUAGUUUACUUGAGGGUUGAAGUCUGGCUCAUAACACAGUCGCUCAGCCAUAGUGUGGGUUAUUAUUGCGAAAUCGCGCUAUGUUACUUUAGGUCAGGAUAGCGUAGCCGUAACACAUCCAAAUGCGAGGUAUGGCAUGACUUUUUCUCGUUACAGGCAUUUGUGAAUGAUUUACAAAACGUACGGGCCUGUAUAGUUCCGCAUCGACGACUUGUUAGG